AUGGCGGCCCAGCUCCAUCCCCCGUCCCCAAUCUUCUCCGCUGCUGCCACCACCAUCCAAAAUCUCGCUCAUUCCCCGUCGUCGCCACCUCCGCCACCGAGGGGCUGGGUGGCGCUGCUGCGGGAUGUGCUUGUGGCCGUCUUCCGCAAGCUCGACCAUGUCGAGAUCCUCAUGGGCACCGGGCGGGUGUGCCGCUCCUGGUGCCACGCCGCGCGAGACGACCCCGCGUUGUGGCGCCGCAUCGACAUGCGCGGCCACGCCGACCUCCACCGCCGGGUCGGCCUCUGCGGGAUGGCGCGGGCUGCCAUCCACCGUGCGGUGCGACGCGUUCUGGGCCGAGUGAUCCCGCUGGUGCAGGAGACGCCCAACUACGGCGGCGUCAUCAUGUGGAACCGGUACGACGACAAGAGGGAUCGCUACGGCCUCCGCAUCAAGCUCAUGGUCUGA